UGAGCAGACCCAGUACAGUUCUUGCUUAUAAACAGUGAAAAUUCCAAUAUAAAGGACUUAUUAUAUCUUCUUUGGGAGUAACAUUAGUGCUAGCCAGAAUGUUGACUACUAUGUAAGACUAAGAAGAUACAGUACAUUUUCUGCGGGUAAUCCCAAAGCUUUCAGGAAAUAGUAUUUACCCACUUUUAUAAAGAGCUUCAAGAUUCCAGGAUGAAAGGCAAUAUAAAACACUUGUCUGCUAUUCUGCAAAUGCUGACUCUCUGGUCUGGACCACUCUCCUGAGGCCAAAGUGUUUCCAGAUCUCAUCUGAAUGUUACAGUACCUAAGACAUGCUCAGUCUUAUACUUGUAUGAACUAGAGCAAAGACCAUACAUCAGUUACUGAAUCCGGUUUGAUGCUACACGUUUGCUUAGUCUGAAGCCACUAGUUUUGUUUGGCCAUUUGAGAAGAUUAGUUUCAGGUGCUAAUAUUGAAAAGAUGGGUCAAGAAGAAAGAUCAACACCACUGCAGGAAGAAUUUCAGUUCAAUAUUAAUGGUUAUAUUUCUACAGAAAAGAUAUGCAUCAGAAAAGCAAGUGCCCAAGACCGUUUUUAUGCAUGUUAUUUACAUUCUAUGCAAAUCAGAAAUAUUUAAGUCAUCCACAGUUCAAAAGCUGAACCUCUUUUGGAGGGUUAACUGUUAUUUAAAUAUGCUUUAGAAAAGGAGGUUGGACAAAUUAUCUUUACAUUCAUUAACAGUUAACACAGCUUGACUUCUGUAAUUUAUACAUUUGUUGUAUAAGAAACAAGAUUAAUUUCAGACUGCACAUGUUAAGAAUUCCAAAUUUUCUCCCCAGUAAUGCUCUUCUUUGAUUGGAUAUCUACAUUAUUUAGUUUAUCUUGAUGAUUGGUCUAUUAAUUUUCUCUGUCGUAAAAUAACACUGGCAAAUGUGGGGAGAAAUUGAAAGAAUAUCUCAAAAUAGAAUAGGUUACCUAGAAAUAUAAAUAAAACCCAACAGAAUGAAAAGACGUAGUUUCCUAAUUGAUAGUUGAAGUCUUCAGUUGCAUCUGGGACGUAACCACCAGAUGCUCCUACAAUGGCCUGAUGAAAUGGGUCACAGGGAAAUUUAUUACUUGCAGGCUUCAAACUGCGACUCAAUGGCCCAGCAAAACAAGAAAAUGCGCCCUGUAUUACUCAAGCGGAACAGCCUGGAUUCGGUUGAUUUUAUGCGACAGCCACACCACCGCAGGAGCAAGUCCCAGCAAGUCCGAUUCAAAGAUGACAGUACCAACAAGAAGCCAAUUGGUGCCACUGAAACGGAUGCUAAUCCCACCAAAGACACAACGCUCGUGAUUGGAAAGGCACAAAUGUCCAGGCACCACCCAACCUAUUCUCUCUCUUUCCCAAGGGCUCAGAAAGGGCAUCGGAAUAUUGCUAUUCAAACUUCUCCCAGCCUCAGGAAGCACUUUCCUGUUUUUAAAAAGAAAAAACUCACAACAAGUAAAUCGUUAAUGGAAAUGUCAACUGAGUCUGAAUGCUCCAUCCAAGUCAAUGGUGAUCUUUCUGAACAUGACAUGCCUUUGGACCUCUCUUACUUGAGAAUAACGGGACAUUUGGAAGAUGGAUCUAGAGGAGCCAAGACAUCCAGUCGGUUAUUUCCAAGUGUGUCUAAAGCACAAAGUAACGGGCCUAUCCACUCAGACCCAGACACUUCUGCAAUACUGGAAAAGGCAACUGUUUUCACACAGGUGCCUGAAUACAUACAGUUAAAUUCUCCGCAGGACAAGAAUGCUAACAUUUAUACUCCAGACAAGUCCACAGAUUUAGUACAUUCUCCUCCUACUAUAAGCCAAUCCAAUGAAAACUGUACAUGGUCAUCCAAAUCAGGACAAUCUCCCUCCUGCUUAAGCAAUGCCAGUAACUGCAAUGACAUUCAUCCACAUGAUGAUUCUUGUGAAGAAAAAAGUGUUUUGGAGUUACCUGUAUGCGCUAAUGACUCUAGCACUAAUGAAACCACUCCACUAUCCCUUCCAUCCAAUCAGAGCUCAUCACACUGUUUUCUCGGAGUUCAUCAACAGCCAACAGCGCCUGAAACAGAUUCUGAGUGUACGGUGCUCACUAAGGAUAAUCAUGGACGGGCAUCAUUGAGCAACAGCAAUGAUGUUCCCUCGUGUCACACGGAAAUGGAUAAAACUUCGACACCGUCCUGUGUUCCAGAGCAUAGCAAUUAUUUAGAAGACUUUCACAGAAAGUCCCAUCUUCCAGGGAAUGCAAUGAAACCAGAAACCCACAAAGAGAUUAGAGACAUUAAUCAAAUUCACUUGGCACAUGGCGAUCUAUGUGCCCUACAAGGCAGGCUGCAGUCCAUAGAGGAAUCUUUGCACUCAAACCAGGAGAAGAUUAAAGUGCUUUUGAAUGUAAUUCAAGACCUGGAAAAAGCUAGAGCCCUCAGUGAAGGGCGCAACUUCUAUCGCACCGGCCAAGACCUCAACAACUGCAGCACAUGCCGGAACACUGCAUGUAUCAUUUACAGCGUGGAAUAUGACUUCAGACAACAAGAAGGCAGAUUCCACCAGGUUUUGAAAACUUUGGAUCAAGUGGAGCAAAGUCCUGCCACGGCUCCAUCCCCAAAACUACCACCUGACCAUCCGAUUCCUGAGAAACAGGAAUUAAGAAGAAAAACAAAAAAGGUGAAAAAGAAAUGCUUCUGGUGGAUGUGAAUGUCUUUUCGGUGACAUACAGAACUCUGAAGGACUGCUUUUCAGAGGACAUUAAAACAUAUAUCCAUAUAUGCUUUAAAAUGGACAACUGUGAAAUGAGAAACAAACAACAAAAAAAGUUUAAUAAGGUAUUUGAAAACUCGAAAGCUUAGAAUGGAAUUUGCUUAUUCAACAAUCUCAAUGAAUAAAAGAGAGACAUAUUUUGAAACCGAGUGCAAUCUAUCUUUUUGUUUCACAAAGACAUCUUCAUAUGCUUUCUGAAGACAACAUUUUUACCUACAGCUAAUGCUGAUGUUGUGAUUUUAGUUGAUAAAGACAAAGGCCAUCAAAAUUAAAGAAGCCACUCCCAUAUUAAUUCCCACAUCAUGCUUAGUUACAAACAUAGCCUAAAAAUCAUCCCCUGAUUUUUUCCCCCUUAAUAGUGCAACAAAAACUGUUGGGUGGGACACAGAUCUCCAGAAAACUUCCUCUCCAGGGGAGACAAUCCAUGAAAACACACAGGACUGAAACUAAACUAUUUUACUACAGUUGGGUGGUAUUCUCAUAUUUAUUAGCACCCUUUCCUAAACAGCAAUAGCAUUAUGAAACAUCUGUACACUUGCCUGAACCAUUAUGCAUGCAAGAUCCUUCACAAUACACCAUGUAUUUCCUAUGCCUCUUUGACCCGAUAAAAUACACUCAGAGCAACUCAGAGGGUAUCAUUCCAGUAGUACACUUGAUGUUCUGAUGGUAAUAUAGAUAGGUACAUUCAAUGUUAAGAGAAGUUAAUAUAUAUGCUAGAGCCGAUUUUCAAAUGGCAACUUAGCAUAAAAAAAAAAGCUCUGGCAACCAGUCAACAUUGGAUAUUAAAAAUUCAGCUUUUUGUACUGGCUUCGAGACAAAAUGUUUAAAAAAAGUUUCAUCAGAGGAAAUGGAAUAGCAAAGCAUUAAUGCCUUGGCAGCACUUUUUUAAGCAGAGAGUAGGGAAGUCCCACUAUGAAAAGAGAUUUUAAUAUACUAGCACGGCGCUUUCUUACUCAUCAGAUUUCAUCCUGAGAUACGUAAUGUCUCAUUACUUUACUGACAAAAAUGUCCAUGUUUCUUUUCCUCCUUUUAUAUUAGUGUAUGAUGCUAAGUAAAAGGUCAAGUUCACUUUUAUUCAUGGUUGCACAUCAGCAAAACUAUUUAAUAAUUUCCACUUAUUAAGGACAAUCAAUUGUACCUGCACAAACCCACUGGAGGUAAUAAGAUUACACAGAAGUCAUUAAGGGCAGAGCCAUGGCACAACGGGCCUUGCAUAGGUGUAUCUGAUCUUUGUUGAGAAGUGAUGAGGUGUGGAAAGUAAAGAAAUUAGCAUGAUUCAGUUGAGUGACCAUUUUCAGGAAUGGCAAUUACAUGGAAUUAAACACAUUAGAUAUGAAAGUCACUGAGAAACAGUGAACUCACAAUGCCAUUCAUCUGAACCUUUUCCAGAAGAAACUCUCCUUCUAAAGUCUAGUAUAAGCUGAAUCUCUCUAAUCCAGCACCUGACUGGAGCUGAACCAGAGAAUUUGUUGGACCACAGCAGGUCAAUAUUGUCUAGCAACAUUGCCAACAUUUCCA